UCAAUACCUCCCUGGGCUUCUCUUCUCAUCCCCAUCUUCCUGGUAGAGGACUGGCCGCCAUCAGCCAUGACGACCUACAGCAACAAAGGACCAAAGCCUGAGAGAGGCCGGUUCCUCCACUUCCACUCUGUGACCUUCUGGGUUGGCAAUGCCAAGCAGGCUGCCUCUUUCUACUGCAAUAAGAUGGGCUUCGAACCGCUGGCCUACAGGGGCCUGGAGACGGGCUCCCGGGAGGUGGUCAGCCACGUCAUCAAGCAAGGGAAAAUUGUGUUUGUCCUCUGUUCUGCUCUCAACCCCUGGAACAAAGAGAUGGGCGACCACUUGGUGAAGCACGGUGAUGGGGUGAAGGACAUCGCCUUCGAGGUGGAAGACUGCGAGCACAUUGUGCAGAAAGCCCGGGAACGGGGUGCCAAAAUUGUGAGGGAACCCUGGGUGGAGCAAGACAAGUUUGGGAAGGUGAAGUUCGCUGUGCUGCAGACGUAUGGAGAUACCACCCACACCCUGGUGGAGAAGAUCAACUACACUGGCCGUUUCUUGCCUGGAUUCGAGGCCCCAACAUACAAGGAUACCCUACUUCCAAAACUACCCAGCUGCAACCUCGAGAUCAUUGACCAUAUUGUAGGCAACCAACCGGACCAGGAAAUGGAAUCUGCCUCAGAAUGGUACCUGAAAAACCUGCAGUUCCACCGGUUCUGGUCAGUGGAUGACACACAGGUGCACACGGAGUACAGCUCUCUGCGCUCCAUCGUGGUAGCCAACUAUGAGGAAUCCAUCAAGAUGCCCAUUAACGAGCCAGCACCAGGCAGGAAGAAGUCUCAGAUCCAGGAAUACGUGGACUACAAUGGGGGUGCUGGGGUCCAGCACAUCGCUCUCAAGACAGAAGACAUCAUCACAACGAUCCGACACUUGAGGGAGCGAGGCAUGGAGUUCUUGGCUGUCCCGUCUUCUUACUACAAAAUGCUUCGGGAGAAUCUCAAGACAGCCAAGAUCCGGGUCAAAGAGAGCAUGGACAUACUGGAGGAGCUGAAAAUCCUGGUAGACUACGACGAGAAAGGCUACCUCCUACAGAUCUUCACCAAGCCCAUGCAGGACCGACCCACACUCUUCCUAGAAGUCAUCCAGCGCCACAACCACCAGGGCUUUGGAGCUGGCAACUUCAACUCUCUGUUCAAGGCUUUCGAGGAGGAGCAAGCCCUACGGGGUAACCUCACUGACCUGGAGACCAACGGAGUCAGGUCUGGAAUGUAGGCCCCGCCCACACCCAGAGUGCUGGGCGCAUCGACCAUCUGGUGCGAGGCUCAUCAACCAUCUCCAGCUGACUGAGGGACAGACAAUCCCAAGGCUCCACCCACAUUAUGGCCACGCCCCCUUUAUUGCAAGGGUCCCUAUUCACCUGCACCCUCCCGCCACAGAGUAAAGCAACCCUCCCAAGGUGCAA